AGAGUAUCCAGCGUAUUCUUUCUGAUCAAAUGCGAUCUAAUUUCUCCGAGAAGUUUGAGCAGUUCCGUAUGUGUAUCAACAACUGGAAGUGAAAUUGUUUGUUUGUUUGUUUUCUGGUCGUGAUAAUGAUGGAAGAUAUUAACAUUUUAACAGAAAGCAUUGUUAAAAUAGAAGAUGUUAAAGAAGAACCUAUUGAUGGGAGCGAUGAUGUUUGUUGGAAUGCCUUUGAGGAGUUGGAGCCUCCAAUAGCUGUGCUUGUUGGGCCAUCGGAAAAGCAAGAGACGGCUUGUGGUGACGAACACAAGGGACAAUCAACUGCAGGUGGUGGAAAAACCACACACCAACCGGCCCCUACUACCACCACCCCAACAGCUGAAAGGAAGACUACCAUCACCCCAACAGCUAAAAGGAAAAAAUGGCCAUCAAAAGAAUUGCUUGAAAAAGCACGAGACAUUUUGAGUGCAGAGAAUGACGAGUGCCAAAUAUUUGCGGAUUUUAUCGCAAUGGAAUUGAGGAAAUUAGAAGAACGAUACAGAGUUGAGCUAAAGCGGAGGUUCCGUCAGGUGACCAGCAAAGAUGAAAGUUUAGUAUCUAUCGAUCCUCUUGCGUUCGUCUGUGAUGCUUCGGUUGCUACAAUAAAACAAGAGAUCACGUCAUGUUUCCCCGAUGGAGGGAGCUUUGUACCAGGGAAACCUGGCACUAUCCAGACACAACAGAGCAAAAGUACAGACUUCGAUUGCAAUCGUGAGGGCGACUAUGACCCGACUACGUACUAUAAGCAGACUGACCCAAACUCGCGCAUCUGCAGCGGUGGAAAACGUUUUCACUGUAUCACCUGUCAGAAGGCGUUUACUCGAAAGAGAAGCUUUCAGGAUCACGUACGCAUCCACACCGGGGAAAAACCUUUUCACUGUACCACCUGCAAGAAGACGUUUACUCGAAAUUGGAGCUUGCAGGAGCACAUGCGCAUCCACACCGGUGAAAAGCCUUUUCAGUGUUCCAUCUGUGAGAGGGCCUUUGGUGAUAAAGGACGCUACAAUUACCACAUGCUCUCCCACACAGGUGAGAAGCCAUUUCCGUGUUCCAUUUGCGAGAAGGCGUUCACUCAGAAAGGGUCCUUGGAUAAUCACGUGCGCACCCACACUGGUGAAAAACCUUUUCAGUGCUCCAUAUGUGAGAAGACGUUCACUCAGAAAGGGACCUUGGAUAGUCACGUGCGCACCCACACUGGUGAAAAGCCUUUUAAGUGUUUUAUUUGUGAGAAGACAUUCACUCAAAAGCAGGCGUUGUCUGGGCACGUACGUACCCACACUGGAGAAAAACCGUUUCAAUGUUCCAUCUGUGAGAAGACUUUUACUCAAAAGGGACACUUGCAGAAGCACAUGCGCACUCACUCCGAAGAAAAACGUUUUGUCUUACAUCUGUGA